AUGUUCGCCUCGCUGCUGCGCUCGAGAAGGAGUCGGCCGUCGGAGACGACACCCCUCCUUGCAGCCCUGCACAGCUACCGCCACCGUCACCACGACGAGGCGUCCGAGGCCGAGGCCGACUACGACGAGCACGCAGGCCCGUACGACGGCGGGGUCGAGGAUGAAGACCAGGACCACGGCCGGCGCGACGGGCCAUUGCUGCCCGUGUUUUCCUCGGAGCUGCUGGACCGCAUCCCCAUCUACAACAACACCCACGCCAUACGCACCAUCGUCGUCCAGCGCUGCGAGACGACGCUGAGCUGGGACCAGCUGCGCUCGCCGCAGGUCUCGCAGUUCCUCGUCAAGCCGAUACAGCAGCAGAUCCGCGCAGAGCACUUCUCCCGCGGCGCCCUGUACUGCCUGGCCGCCAAUUGUCUGCAGUUCAGGAAGGAGGGAGACGCCAACCCCGGCAAUGUGGGCGUCAGCAAGACGCGCGCGCUCCUGUGCGAGCUGCUCGCCAUGCGCCUGCUGAAGGAGUUCUCCACCCGCGAGCUGAUCGAUGCGCUGAGCUACGACUACGACCCUCUCCAGGGCCUCGACACGCCGCCCGGUGGCGCAGCAUGGGCCCGCCAGGGACAGCGCCAUGCGCGCAUCUCUGCUCUGGAGAUUGCCAUCCGCGCCCAGGCAAAGAAGCUCCUGGCCCAUCCCCUGGUCGUGCAGCAGCUGGAAGCCAUCUGGGCCGGCACCAUCGUUUUCCACUCGGUUGCCGACAGCCUCCACCGCAAGCCAGACUCUUCCCACACCAACCUAGCGAGCCACGAGCUCUCUCCCGGAACACGGCCGUCACGCCGCCUGCCGCCGCCGCCCAAGCAAGCAAACGCCGAGCUGCCGGCUUCCGCGCUCAUGAGACGCACAGUCACCCUCUACGACCCCCACCACUCCUCGCUCUUCAAGCUGUCCCGCCUCCGAGUCCCGCGCUACCGCAACCUCUUCUCCACCCUCUCCUUCGCUAUCAUGCUGGCCCUCUUCCUCGCCGUGCUCACCGACAAGUCCGACGACAUCACGGUACUGGAGGUCAUCUUCUGGUUUUGGAGCGCUGGAUACAUGUUGGAUGAAAUCGUUGGCUUCUCCGAACAAGGCUUUGGCCUGUACAUAAUGAGCGUCUGGAAUGUCUGUGAUUUGGGCAUUCUGCUCAUGUUCAUGGCAUACUACAUCCUGCGUUUGUACGGCAUUCUCAUGCCAGACGUCAGCCGUCACCAUGUGGCCAGCAUGGCCUACGAUGUUCUUGGUUCCACUGCAGUCCUCUUGUUCCCUCGUCUGUUCUCCGCUCUGGACCACUACCAGUACUUCUCCCAGUUGCUCAUCGCCUUCCGAAUGAUGGCCAUGGAUCUGAUCGCUAUCCUGGUCCUCAUCUGCAUUGCCUGCAGUGGCUUUUUCGUCGCCUUCAGCCUGGCUUUUGGCAAAGAAAUCGGUGCCUCCAACGCCGCAUACGCCAUCUUCCAGCUGCUCAUGGGCUUUACGCCGGCAGCCUGGGACCUCUGGGCCGAAUACAAUGUCCUGGGCAAGGCUCUGCUGGCUCUGUUCCUCUUCAUGUGUCACUUCCUCAUCGUCACCAUUCUAAUUACCGUCUUGACCAACUCGUUCAUGAAGAUCGUUCAGAACGCCAACGAGGAGCAUCAAUUCCUCUUUGCGGUCAACACCAUCUCCAUGGUCAAGUCCGAUGCUCUGUUCUCCUACAUUCCCCCCACGAACAUCUUUGGGUGGUUGCUUAUCCCGCUCAAGUACAUGAUGCCGUUCAAGAAGUUCAUACGCAUGAACCGUUUAAUUAUCAAGCUCACGCACAUUCCGAUCCUGUUUACGGUCUUCGUCUACGAAAGGCUGCUUCUUUCGAACCUGGCUUACGGGCCCACCGACCUGGUCGAGAACCGCGGAAGACCUGGAACCGCAUCACCAGUGGUACCGGCCUUCAGCAUCCGCGGUGCUGUCGAAGCCUUCAACCCUCGUCUGCGUGAGCCUUCCAUCACCACCUUCCACAAAGACCGCGCGCUCGAGGAAGUGUUUCGCCAACCGUAUCGUGACACAAGCGUGCAAGCGUCUGUGAACUAUCCUUCUGGCCGUAGGAAUUCGAGCAAUGUGGUUUCGGACUGGAUGAAGAAGAUGGGCGAUGACGAGGAGGUCACUCCGCCUCAGGAAGAUGCCCAGUCAGUCUUGGAUCGCCUCGAGGCCCGCACCAGGCCAUAUCUACGCCGCGCAAAGACUUCUGGUCAGUCCAGGCGAAGACACCCGCUUUCCUUCACCAGGAGUGUGGCAUCAGACCCGGAUGACAGUUUUGUGGCCUUCCCCCGGCCCAUUCUCGAGGAAGAAGAACCAGAUCUGAACGAUGAUAUCCCACAGCAGACGGACGCUGAUGGGGACGAUGAGCUGUUGACUCAGGCCGAGGACAACGACUCGAACUCUGACCACCAGACCACACCGAAGGACUUGCCCACGUCUGAUAAAGAGAUCAAGAAACCAAAGUCGGGCUAUGUGACAUCCGAUGACGAGUUUUUCCGUACGCCCAUGGUAGCCCCUAGACCGAAGACUCCGGCGCGCACGCCAGCAAGAGUAUCCUCACUAUCAGACGCUAGCGCUCCUGGGACACAAGGCAUGUCACCCGGUAAGAAGACGAAGCCAUCGCAUGCUCGCAACACGUCCACAAGCACGAUUUUAUUCAGCCCUACCAAGGAAACGAUGGAUGUGUCACGCCCACCUUCGCCUGAGAAGCGCUUGCAGCUGGGCUCACGCAGCGGAACAGCGACGCCAGGUCGCCUCGACGGGCCCGUGAUGUCUGGUAUGCGCACACCCAAGAGACCACAGCCCGUGAGCCACAUGAGUCACGCAUCGGCUUCACGCGCUCGUGCGGUACUACCUCCUGACACCAGCCGCAAGACACCCAAUCUGUCCAACUUCCUCGCUCUGGAUCGGCAACACCGCACGCCUUCCUUCAACGCCGUAGCCCUCGACCUUGCCUCGGACCUCGGCGACAACAACAACAACCCCAACUUCGGCAACAUGAACACCAUCCCCGCCUCCUACACCACGCAAUUCGAACUCGCCGCGCGGGCCCGAGCCGAAGCACGCAUGGAGCGCAAAGGCAGCGACACGGAAUCCGACUCGAACCGUAUGAGCCGGAUCAUGCUCGCGCGCAUGACAACGCUAGAAGAAGGCUUUCGCGACGUGCUCAAGGAAGUCAAGGGCCUGAAGGUGGGCGACUCGAGCGCAGCCGGUAGCCAACGAACGCACACGCCGCCCAACGAACGCGUCGACCUUCUCAAGAGAAAGGGGAAGGCGAAGAAGAGGAAUAGCAGGAAAGACAGUGGCGAGGAGCAGUUUGGAUCGAGCGUCUAG